UAGAUUGGUUCUCUGAUUCGAUGCUGAUUCAGAGAUUUGGCCACUGAAUCAUGUCAAAUCUCCUCCGAAUUGAAUCACCAACCAAAGCUUCACACAGCCCUAAUACUCAGGUCAUGUUUCCAACUUUUCUCUGGGCUUUAUUCCCCCACAAAAAACUCUGUUUUCUUCUCAUAAACGCUGAGAUUUUUUACAAAUCACCAGACUACAGGAGUUGGAGCUUGGAACAAGACAGCAAAAAACUGUUGCAGGACUCACCAUUAAAAUGCACCUGCUCUUUUGUCUCUGUGCCCAUUUGAGUGUGUUGUUUCCAGUUGGCAGAUAGACCCUCCCUGGGGCAAAAAUGUUAAAAGGUUUUUGAAAAUGUUCUGGACGAGCAAAAUUGGCACAUGUUUCAGGUGCUUCUUGGUGCUGCAGUCAGGCUCUUUCUGAGAGAAACUGUUUUGAACUUAUAAGAAAUUACUUAGUAUUUCCUUAAAGAAAGCUCUGGGGAAAAUCCCCCAUAGCUCUGAUUCCAUAGGCUGGGCAGGAUGCCCGAGGUCCCACCGACGUCAUAAAAACCAGUGAAACGAGAGAAAGAAUCACAAAGUUGCAGAGAGUUAGGCACAGAAGCUGAACAGGGAAAUCCACCUGGGCUGACAAGAGAUAAAGCGCGUCUGGAGCACAGAUCCUCAUAGGAAGAUGGGAAACUGGCUGGUGAACCAUUGGUUUCCAGCUCUGGUGAUCGCUGCUUGGCUGGGCAUCAACAUUUUCCUGUUUGUGUAUUAUUUCCUGAUGUUUGACAUGGAUGAGAAGUUCUACUACACCAGAGAGAUCCUUGGGUCAGCCCUGGCAUGGGCCCGGGCAUCUGCAAAAUGCCUGAACUUCAACAGCAUGCUGAUCCUGUUACCAGUGUGUCGCAACCUGCUCUCCUUCCUGAGAGGCGCCUGUUCGUUGUGCAGGCGGACCAUGAGGAAGCAGCUGGAUCACAACCUCACCUUCCACAAGCUGGUGGCCUACAUGCUUGCCCUGAUGACAGCUGUCCACACCAUUGCUCACCUGUUUAACUUGGAGCGUUACAAUGACAGCCAGCAGGCUGCAGACGGGAGCCUCUCUUCUGUCCUCUCUGACCUGCACCAGGAUGGAAGUGACAAGUGGCUAAAUCCCAUCCACUCUAACAGCACGACUCCAGCAUACGUGACUUUCACCAGCAUCCCGGGCCUGACUGGUGUGAUCAUCACCGUGGCACUGAUUCUUAUGGUUACUUCCUCCAUGGAGUUCAUUCGCAGGAGCUAUUUUGAGGUCUUCUGGUACACACACCACCUCUUCAUCAUCUACUUUGCUGGCCUCGUCAUCCAUGGCAUUGCUGGUCUUGUUCGAGGGCAGACAGAAGAAAGCCUUAAGAAGUACAGUCCUCAGCGCUGUGCACAGUACCUUGUAUACAGGGAUGGGAGAAGCACACACCACCACUGUAAGGAGCCAGAGUUUGGGGGCAUCCCAACAGAGUCCUGGAAGUGGGUGUUGGCGCCAAUCCUCCUCUAUGUCUUUGAGCGCAUCUUACGUUUUUGGCGUUCUCGACAGAGGGUUGUUAUAACAAAGGUUGUCACGCACCCAUCUAAAGUACUGGAACUACAGAUGCAUAAGAAGGGCUUCAACAUGGAAGUGGGACAGUACAUUUUCAUCAACUGUCCUUCUAUCUCUCUCCUCGAGUGGCAUCCUUUCACCCUGACCUCUGCACCAGAAGACAAUUUCUUUUCUGUCCACAUCCGGGCAGCAGGGGACUGGACAGAGAAUGUAAUCGAUGCCUUUCAGCAGCAAAAACCAAAAAUACCCAGGAUUGAAGUAGAUGGCCCCUUCGGCACAGCCAGUGAAGAUGUGUUCCAGUAUGAAGUUGCUAUGCUGAUUGGGGCAGGGAUUGGGGUCACACCCUUUGCCUCUGUGCUGAAGUCAAUCUGGUAUAAGUUCCAACAUGCAGACCAGAGUCUCAAAACCAAGAAGAUUUAUUUCUACUGGCUCUGUCGGGAUACGGGUGCAUUUGCCUGGUUCAAUGACCUGCUUGUGUCACUGGAGCAAGAGAUGGAGGAAUCUGGCAAAGCAGGCUUCCUGAACUACAGACUCUUUCUCACCGGGUGGGACAAUAGCAUUGCUGGCCAUGCAGUGCUCAACUUUGACACUGUCACUGACGUGGUGACAGGCCUGAAACAGAAGACCUCCUUUGGAAGACCCAUGUGGAGUAAUGAAUUCUCUGCAGUGGCCACUGCCCACCCCAAGUCUGUGGUGGGUGUGUUCUUAUGUGGGCCAGAAGCUUUAGCAAAGAGUCUGCAGAAGUGUUGCCAUCAAUACUCCAGGCUGGACCCCAGGAAGGUCAAAUUCUACUUCAACAAGGAGAACUUCUAAGCUGAAAGAAAAAUUUGCCUAGCUCUGUGGCACCACAGCCUCAUUGGGAACAAUCUGCUGGGUCCUCCACCUCCAUUUUGAGAGCCAAAUUUGGCUGCUGCUAAGGGCACACCAAGCAAUGCUACUGGAAAUGCUACCAUUCAAACUAUGCCUUCCCCGCUGUUAAAUAUGAAGGACCUUCAAGAUGUGACAUGGCAUCCCUCCAAGGGACAGGCACUUGAGCUUUAUGUACAAAUGCUGCCUACUCCCUGUGUGCCCCAAUCUCUAGAGGCCCUUUUGGGAUGAGAAGAGUGGGCCUUCUCCACUCCUAGAGAUUGCUCUGCACUGGUUUUGCAUGCAAGGAAGCUGAAAUUAACCUUCUAAUGGAAUCUGUUCCCUUUCAAAGUUGACUGUGGCACCAGCACAAAGGCUCAUAUUGACUAUUAAACUUGAUUUAAAUGCA